AUGACAGAAGGAAAAUGCACCUUCGGGUCCAGGAUGCCGAUAGACAUACACAUGCUGAACGAGAUCAUCAGCAGGGAGGUGAAGCACUUCCGGAACUACAAGAUUUACAGACCCAACUUUGGCUCGAUACCCGUGACCGGCAAGUUCUACGCAGCCCACGACCAGCACAAAUCGGAGUCCAAAGAGCAGGAGGAGAAGGUGGACCAUUACCACAAGAACGUGGCGCAGACCAGAGCGAAAGGCCCACGGAGCAAGUACUCGGCGCCGGCUACCGAGAACCAAGUGUACGGAUGGUACUUCAAACCGCUAGUCCCCAUGGACCGCAACGACCGCCGAUUCUACAACCCCAAGAAGGAGAGCAGCCACACCAAAGUCGAGAUCAUAAUCCUGAUGAACAAUCCGAAGAAACGGGCCUAACCUUACAUA